CGGAGAACGGUAAGUUAUAAAUCUAAAAUUUUUGCAUUUCAUUGGCAUAAGUCUCCAAGAAAGAAAGUAAGAUUUCGUUUACAAUUAAGGAAAGUUGCUGUAAAAUAUGGGUUCUGAUUCAGGCAUUCUAACCAAAGAAGUCUUGGAGAACUUCAAAAAAGCGUUUGUGGCGGACAACAAAAAUAUAUUAGCCCAAAAUGUUUGUUCUCGAGUGGACCCCUUUGAGGCUUGCCUGUCUAGGAAACGAAUCGAAGAAACGCAGCAUGUAUUCAAUAUUAAAAUAGAAUCUGAGGGUAAACCAGUUACAAACCAGAAGAGUUCAGGUCGUUGUUGGGUGUUUGCUGCACUUAACGUCAUCCGUUUGCCAGUGAUUAAACAUUUUAACCUGGAGGAUUUUGAAUUUUCACAGGGCUACUUAUUUUUUUGGGACAAAAUAGAGCGUUGCAAUUACUUUCUUAAUAAUAUUGUUGAAACCGCUAGGCGCAAUGAACCAGUAGAUGGACGUCUUGUUUCAUUUUUACUAAAUGAUCCAACCACUGAUGGAGGUCAAUGGGACAUGUUGGUUAAUUUAGUUAACAAACAUGGUUUGAUGCCAAAAAAGAAUUUUCCAGAAUCUCACAAUUCUGAAGCCAGUCUUAGGAUGAAUCAAACAUUGAAGAGUAAGUUGAGGGAAUACGCUAAACAUAUUAGGGACCUUAUCGAGAAGGGCGCCAGUGAUGCAGACCUCCAAAGUCUGAUCCAAGAGCAAAUGGCCAACGUCUACCGAAUUGUCGGCAUCUGUUUAGGUAUCCCGAGCGAUACGUUCACUUGGAGCUAUUACGACAAGAGCAAAGCGUUUCACAGUAUCGGCCCCAUUACUCCCAAGGAGUUCUACGAUGUUCAUAUCAAACCUCUGUUUAAUGUUGACGACAAGGUCUGUCUCGUAACUGACCCGAGACCUACCAGUCAGUACGAGAGGGCUUACACCGUCGACUGUCUAGGCAACGUGGUGGGGGGUCGUAGGUGCAUAUACAACAACCAGCCGGUGGGGACGCUUUUGGAGUUGGCGGCGAAGAGUAUCGAGGAGGGGGAGGCGGUGUGGUUCGGGUGCGAGGUGAGCAAGAGAUUCGCCGGGAAAUUGGGCAUACAGGACCUGAAAAUCCACGACUUUCCGUUGAUUUUCGGGGUGGACAUCCAAACCACACUUAGCAAAGCGGAUCGGCUGCUCUAUGGCGAGAGCGCAAUGUCCCACGCGAUGGUCUUCACGGCGGUGCACAAAGACGAAACCGGGCAGGUGACAAAACUGCGGGUGGAAAAUUCGUGGGGCGACGACCGCGGUGAGAAAGGCUACCUUCUGAUGACAGCAGACUGGUUCAAUGAGUUCACCUUCGAGGUGGUCGUGGACAAACGCUUCGUUCCGCAGGAGGUGCUUGACGUGUUCAAGCAGGAACCGAUCGUGUUGCCCGCUUGGGAUCCCAUGGGAACCCUCGCCUGCUAGUCGCGAGGCGCCCCAGAGUUCAAAUGUACGAGAUCGCCGGAGGUUUUUGUUGCCACUUGAUAUAUAGUUACCAUUUCUUGGAAUUUGGUUCCGCAACGUUUUCAUAAUCUGCCGGUACGCGUCGCUGCACUGCUCGCCCACCCUUUAUCUUAAUCCGGACUUAAUAAAUAUUUUUUAUCAAUGGUAAUAACCCUGUCCUAUUAAGAUUGUUGCAUUAUAACCGAUCCAUCUUAUUUUAUAUUAUGUAUCUUGAUUAUAAACUUUUUAAUUUUUGAAAA